AUGUCCAAGCACCACCGCUGCCUUCCGCUCUUCGCGGCGGUGAACCUCCUCUUAAUACUCCAACCAUCAGCCAUCGGCCUCCCUCCCACCACCACCCCCAUAACCCGCUUCCAAAACUACCUCAGAAUCAACACCGCCCACCCCAAUCCAGACUACAACACCGCCGUCGAGUACCUUACUAGCUUUGCUCGCACCAUCCCUACUCUCCUGAUCCAAACCCUUUACUUCACCACUCCAGAUAAGCCUCUUCUCCUCCUCACUUGGCCUGGCUCUAAUCCCUCCCUCCCCUCCGUCCUUCUCAACUCCCAUCUCGACUCCGUCCCCGCCGAGUCCUCCAAGUGGUUGCACGACCCUUUUGAAGCUCACUUAUCCCCUGACGGAAAAAUCUACGCUCGUGGCGCACAGGACGAUAAAUGCAUCGGAAUGCAGUAUUUAGAGGCCAUCAAAGAGUUGGAAAUUAAUUUUCAUUAUUCUCCAACAAGGACCGUGCAUAUAUGUUAUGUUCCAGAAGAAGAGGUGGGGGGAUUUGAUGGGAUGGCUAGGUUUGUUGAAUCUGAAGAGUUCAAGAAGUUGAAAGUUGGGUUCGUGUUGGAUGAAGGCCAGGCAUCAACUACUGAGGAGUUUAGGACGUUUUACGCUGACAGGUCCCCGUGGCAUGUGGUGAUCAAAGCCACGGGAGUACCUGGCCAUGGGUCUCGAAUGUAUGAUAAUAGUGCUAUGGAAAAUAUGAUGAAGAGUAUAGAGGUUAUCACUAAGUUUAGGGAAAAUCAAUUUGAUCUUGUUAAGGCUGGUUUGGCUGACCCUUCAGAAGUUAUUUCGGUUAAUCCUGUGUUUCUGAAAGCCGGAAUUCCAUCCCCAACGGGAUUUGUGAUGAAUAUGCAACCAUCUGAAGUGGAGGCGGGAUUUGACAUUCGGCAGCCACCAACAGCAGAUCCUGAUCUUAUGAGGAAGAAAAUUGCGGAGGAGUGGGCACCUGAAUGGAGGAACAUGACAUGUGAGAUUACAGAGAAAGGUACCCUCAAAGACUUCAUGGGACGACCUUUAAUGACGGCCACUAAUGAUUCCAACCCUUGGUGGUCUAUUUUUAAGCAAGCUGUUGAAGCAGCUGGUGGGAAGCUUGCGAAGCCUGAGAUCUUGACUUCAACUACUGAUGCUCGAUUCAUGAGACGGAUGGGAAUUCCUACCUUUGGUUUUUCUCCAAUGAAGAAUACUCCCAUAUUACUCCAUGACCAUAAUGAGCAUCUGAAGGAUAGUGUUUAUCUAGAGGGAAUACAAAACAGAGCACAGCUGAAACACAGGUCCGCUCACUUCCAACGUUCUAAUAAAGAUUCAAGUUUACUUUGUGCCAAAUUUAGCAGCUUGCUUUGGACUUGUACAUGGUUGUAUCAGAAUUUUCUUCCAAAUUCAAAUCAGUUACUGUAA